GUGUGGUGGUCGGUGAAGACGACUGGAUGGCUGAGCCCAGGAGGAAGAAGCCGGUGAAAGGAAGCAGCCGCCUGUUCAUCGGCGCCGCCAUCGACGGGAAGUCGGAGUAUUUCCCCACGCUGUCGAGCAGGAAGCUGGUGGCUGACGAGGAGAGCGUCAACAUGUUCUCGCUCGUUUACCAGGACGAGUUCGUCUCCUCGCAGAUCAAGAUCCCGUCGGACACGCUCUCCACCUACCCGGCCUUUGACAUCUACUACGUGUACGGGUUCUCCAGCCGGACCUACGUGUACUUCCUGACGCUGCAGCUGGAUACGCAGCUCACGCAGAUGGACGCAGGUGGCGAGAACUUCUUCACCUCCAAGAUCGUCAGGAUGUGCUCCAACGACACGGAGUUUUACUCCUACGUGGAGUUUCCUCUGGGCUGCACCAAAGACGGCGUGGAGUACCGCCUGGUUCAGGCUGCCUACAAGCAGAAACCAGGCCGGCGCCUGGCCCAGGCGCUCGGCCUGUCUGAGGACGAUGACGUCCUGUUUGUUAUCUUCUCACAGGGUCAGAAGAACCGCUCCAACCCGCCCCGAGAGACGGUCCUUUGUCUGUUCACCCUGCACGACAUCAACCUGGCCAUGAGGGACCGGAUCAGCUCAUGUUACCGUGGAGAGGGCUUCCUCACGUUACCAUGGUUACUGAACAAAGAACUGCACUGCAUCCAUACG